AUGGGUAAGCUCGACGGAAAAAUUGCUCUCAUCACAGGUGGCUCCGAAGGCAUGGGUUUGGUCACUGCGCAACGAUUCAUUGCUGAAGGUGCAGAACAUGUCUUCAUCACCGGACGCCGUCAGGAAGUGCUUGACGAAGCCGUGAAGACAAUGGAUAGGAAGAAAGUGACUGCAAUACGAGCUGAUGCGUCCAAGAUGGCUGAUCUCGACACGAUGCACAGCAUCAUCGAGAAGGAAAAGGGUCGCUUAGAUAUCGUCUUCGCCAAUGCAGGUAUCGGCACGUUUGUGCCGCUGGGUUCAAUCACCGAGAAACAAUUUGAUGAACUAUUCAACAUCAACGUAAAAGGCGUAUUGUUCACUGUCCAAAAAGUCUUACCAUUGAUAAGCGAAGGUGGAUCCAUCAUCUUAAAUGGAUCUGUUAGCUCCAUUAAAGGUCAUCCUACCGCGAGUCUUCUGAGUGCAAGCAAGGCGGCUGUUCGCUCGUUUGCCCGUUGCUGGACGGUCGACCUGAAGGAACGCAAGAUUCGAGUCAAUACCCUCAGUCCAGGGGCAAUUCCAACAGCUGCAUGGGACAAAUCAGGAUUUAGUGACGAGAUGAAAAAAAUAAUGAACGUCGAUUUGCUCUCUGCUAUACCCAUGAAUCGAUUUGGUACGUCUGAUGAAAUUGCCAAAGUAGCCGUCUUUCUGGCUUCAAGUGAUAGUAGUUAUAUCACGGGUAUUGAGCUGUUUGUCGAUGGAGGCAUGGCCCAGAUUUGA